GAGGGGGAGGGGGCCCGGCGGACGGUCCCGCUGCGGCCGCGGCGCCCGAGCCUCCCCGUCGGGACUCCGGUGGCGAGGGGCGGAGGAGGCGGCGGCCGGAGCCGGAGCGGGGGGCGCUCGCCGCUGCCCCGGGGCCGGGACAUGUCGUCGGCGGCGGUGGCGGCUGCUUCCCGCAGGCAGUCGUGCUACCUGUGCGACCUGCCCCGCAUGCCCUGGGCCAUGAUCUGGGACUUCACCGAGCCCGUCUGCCGGGGCUGCGUCAACUACGAGGGCGCCGACCGCGUGGAGUUCGUCAUCGACACGGCGCGGCAGCUGAAGCGGGCGCACGGCUGCUUCCCCGAGGGCCGGGCCCCGCCGCCGCCCCACGCCAAGCAGCCGCCGCUCUCCGCCAAGGAGCUCCUGGCGCAGCAGCAGCAGCUCGGCCACCCCGCGGCGGCGGAGGCGGCGGCGCGGCCCCCGCCGCAGCCCCUGGAGCGCUACCCGCUGGCGGCCGAGCGGCCGCCGCCCCGCCUGGGCGCCGAGUACGGCAGCGGCCGGCAGGUCAACGGCAUCCUGGUGCCCAACGGCUUCCCCAAGCCCGAGGACCCGCCCGAGCUCAACCGGCAGAGCCCCAACCCGCGGCGGACGCACGCCGUGCCCCCCACCCUGGUGCCGCUGGUGAACGGCGCCGGGCUCCCCGCCGCCAUCGGCGGCCUGGGCAGCCGCGCCGCCGCCGCCGCCGCCGCCUCGCUGGCCGCCAUCUCCGCCGCGCCCGCCCCGAUGGCCGUGCCCGUCCCCCAGCAGCCGACGGCGGCGGCGCAAGCGGCGGGACAGGCGGCGGGGCAGCCCGGCGAGCUGGGGCACAAGCGCCCCGGCUCCGUCUCCUCCUCCUCCUCGAGCGGCGGCGGCAGCGCGGCGGGGGAGCACGACGGCGGCGCCAAGGAGAAGCGGGGCUCGGCCGAGAGCCUGCCGGCGGCGGCGGCGGCGGAGCUGGGCGCCGAGGGCAAGGGCCGAGCGGGCGGCGAGCAGGAGUGGCUGGCCAAGCCCAAGACGGUGCGGGACACGUUGCUGGCCCUGCACCAGCACGGCGGCCACGCCGUGCCCCCCUUCGACAGCAAGUUCAAGAAGGAGCCGGGCAUGGCGGGCGGAAGGCUGAUGGGCUACGAGACCAACGGCGCCGUGGCCAAGCCAGGGGCCCGGGCCGCCCGGAAGAGGAAGCCUUCCCCCGAGCCGGAGGGCGAGGCGGGACCCCCGAAGAUCAACGGCGAGGCGCAGCCGUGGCUGCCCACCUCGUCGGAAGGGAUGAAGCUGCCGCUGACGGCCACCCCCUUCAUGUCGCCCCCGCCGCCCACCGCCUCGCCCCACUCCAACCGGACCACGCCGCCCGAGGCGGCCCAGAACGGCCAGUCCCCCAUGGCCGCCCUCAUUUUGGUGGCGGACAAUGCCGGGGGCAACCACGCCUCCAAAGACGCCAACCAGGUCCACUCCACCACGCGGAGGAACAGCAGCAGCCCCCCCUCGCCCUCCGCCAUGAACCAAAGAAGGCUGGGCCCCGGCAGGGAGGUGCCGGGCCAGGGGGCCAACGCGGCGGGCGGGCUGGAGCCCGUCCACCCCGCCAGCCUGCCGGACUCGUCCCUCGCCGCCAGCGUCCCGUUGUGUUGUACCCUCUGCCACGAGCGCCUGGAAGACACCCACUUCGUGCAGUGCCCCUCCGUCCCCUCCCACAAGUUCUGCUUCCCCUGCUCCCGGCAGAGCAUCAAGCAGCAGGGAGCCAGCGGGGAGGUGUAUUGUCCCAGCGGGGAGAAGUGCCCCCUGGUCGGCUCCAACGUCCCCUGGGCCUUCAUGCAAGGGGAGAUCGCCACCAUCCUGGCCGGAGAUGUGAAAGUGAAAAAGGAGAGGGACUCGUGACUUGCCCACUCUCGCCGCCCGACGUCACCUUGAACUCGAACUGCUCGAAUUCUGUAUAUAUCUAUAAAUAUAUAUAUAUAAAUAUAUAUAUAUCUCCAAGACAAGGGAAAUGUAGACUUCAUAAACAUGGCUGUAUAAUU